CCCUGUCUCUUUCUCUCGUCUCUCAUUCUGACGCUCCCCUGCUUUGCCGCCUCUCUCUCUCCCUCACACACACACACACACACCGUCUCUCUCUCUCGCCCUCAUUCCUCCGCACCGCUGCAGACAUGGUCGAUGCUUUCGUUGGCACAUGGCUCCUCAAGGAGAGCGAUAAAUUUGACGAAUACAUGAAAGAGCUGGGUAAGUGUUCCGUGUAUUUCUAUUUCUUUCUUCUUCUGUUUUUUUUAAUGCGUGCACAUUGCGCAGGGGAGUACACGGUGACGCUGAAGACCCAGAGUACCAUGAAAAACACAGAGCUCAGCUUCAAGCUGGGAGUGGAGUUCGACGAGACAACCGCCGACGACAGGAAGGUCAAGUCUAUUGUCAAGAUAGAGGACGGGAAGCUGGUGCACAUUCAGCGGUGGGACGAAAAGGAGACCAGCCUGGUCAGGCAAGUCAACGGCAACGUUCUCUUGCUGACACUCAAACUCGGAGAUGUUGUUUGCGAGCGUCGCUACGAGAAGGCAGAGUAAAGAAAAAGAAAUCCCACAACAUUUCAGCAGCUACCUGCAUCAACUAAAAUCCCGCAUCCCAGACUCCUUAACACUUCUUCAAAACAGGCCAAAAAGAAAAAAAAACCCACCUCCUCAUAUGGCUGCUAUCGACCCCCGUCAUUGUCCCUUUUAGUAUUAAUUUAGUAUUAAUUAAUUUAGUAUUGACUGUGACCUCCGCCUCCUUUUCUUCCUCCCCACCUCCUUUAUACGUUGUUCAUUCUACUGUAAGAAACACUGAAUAAAUUCCAUCCAUUUUUUUGAUGUUUGUUUCUCUGUAAGACUCCAGGUCUGCAUUUCUUCUUUUUUUAAGAAUGUGGCCUGGAAGAACAUGUUGCCUGGAAAAGUGUUUGAAAAGUUUUCCUGUGGAGUUCUGAAACGUUUCAAAUAAAAGUGUCUACACUGAUGGACAGACUGGAGGGAAAAAAA